AUGAAGAAAACAAGUGGAAGAAAGAGAAAAGCAGAUGAUGCUGAAACCAAUUCGAUCAUUAAACCUAUCCCAAAUGAAAUCAGCUUAAACAUACUUUCUAGAUUACCGUUUGAUUCAGUGUUGGAUUCCAAAUUUGUAUCCAAAUCAUGGUGUAAAGCUAUUCAAAACCCUUCCUUUGCUCAGAUUCACUUCCGCCAGCAACAACUUGAUGGUGGUUAUUCUGAUACUAAGGUCAGUUUUCUGUUCUCAACUAUAGAGGAAAAAAGUAGACUUUAUUAUGGAGAUUAUGAUGAGAAUAGAGAAAAUUUAUGUAUGUUUCUUAAAACUGUUAAUCAUCCUCACAUUCGUAAGCGUUUUGGUACAAAUGCAAUGGUUGGGUCUUGUAACGGUUUAGUUUGUUUCUCUGUACCUUUCACACACCAUAUCGAUGAUCCUAUUUACAUCUGUAAUCCUAACAUUGGAGAACAAAUUACUCUUCCAAGAUUCUCAGUGAUUGCUAGAAACAAGAAGAAUGUUGAGUUUAAGAAAACAACUUAUUUGGAUGGUAUUAUUGUGAGUGGGUUUGGAUAUAAUCCUGUCAUUGAUGAAUACAAAGUUGUUAGGAUCUACUGUGCUGACCCGCGGCUGAGGAGCGUAGACCAACCUAAGGGUCAAGUUCAGGUUUAUACUUUGGGUAGCGGAAGUGGGUGGAGAAACAUAGGAGAAUGUCCUUAUUCAUUGCAGCGUUUCAAUAGCUCACGCUCCGUCCUUGAUAAUUGUGAGUCUUGGUCAGAUAACAAAAGUGCGAUUUACAUUCCAUCUCGGGGUAUACUUGCCAAUGGUGCUCUUCAUUGGCUGGAUGAAGCGUGGAAUGUUGUUUCCUUCGACUUGGCAGAUGAGAGGUUCAGUUUGCUCCCAUCUCCACCCUGUUUUCGCCCUGGUGAGAAAAACUUUUAUACUCUGCAAGUUUUGGGAGGGUAUUUAUGUGUUGUCAAUGCCCAUGAUGGUAAAAAUCUUGACAUAUGGUCAUUCAAGAAGGAUAACAGUGAAUGGGCAAAUAUGUUUAGCAUAUCAUGUCAGUCAAAUGAGUUUAUGGAUGUCUAUUGGCCUAUUUCCCUGACAUUGAGUGGUAAACUUCUGUUGCGGUCCAAUUAUGAGACUCUCAUGUCUUAUGACCCCCAAACCAGAGAAUUCAAAAAACUUGUGGAUCUUAACACAGAUAUGCUGUUCGAAACAUUAACUUAUCCCUUGAUUGAGUCCAUACCGCACAUCAACAGCAUUGUUUCAUUGAAAGCUCUUGGAGAGAAGACUAAGAAAAUAGCGAGAGCCAUGGAUGUUGAUGAUUAUGAUCCAGACAGCGAUUGA